AUGAAUUGGAAAACUUCUUGGGGUAGCAGCAAGUUUCUGCCGACAUGGUUUAGUAUUGAAUGGCGGAAUCCCAGCGGUGUAGGGCUCGGGUUGUUUGAUGCCCCGCUUGAGUGUGAGACAACUACAGCUCAUACUUUAGCAUGCGUUGAACAGAGUGUACAACUCCAAAAGUUCGAUAUGAUAUCAUUAUAUGGUACACAUCGUUUAAUCAAAUGCCUUGUGGCGGCAUUCCUCUUAUGCUGGGUGCCAUUCUUCACCUGCAACAUUAUAGACGCCAUCAGCAAGAAGACCGAAAAUAGCAAUCUGCAACCAGGCAUGACAGCCUUCGUGCUUACCACCUGGAUUGGCUACAUGAAUUCCUUUCUCAACCCUGUAAUCUACACCAUAUUCAACCCAGAAUUCAGAAAAGCCUUUAAGAAGAUUUUAGUGUGUCAGAGCUAG